CGCGUUUCACGCGUCGAAUUCAUCCUAGACCGCUCAGCUCGAGUCGCGCGUUGCACACAAGGUAGCAGAUGCUCGGCCAGAAACGUCCGCUCUCUCCGGAAUCUCCGCGCGCGAGCCGGGCCAAGACAAAGAGACAUUCUGUCGCGCCACCUUUGGACAUUUCCGAUGACGACGAGGACACUCUCGAGUCCAUUCUAGCGCAGAUCAAAGCUCAAGAACAGAGCGAGGCUCUUGCCAGGCAGUUGCAGGAGGAAUGGGAUGCUCCCGGUCCCUCAAACCCGAGUGGCGCGGGUGCUCGUAACAGCAAUUCUGCCUCUGACGAUGUUAUAGUCAUUUCCGACGAUGAAGAAGAAGAUGACGAGACCAUUGCACGCCGCCUUGCAAAACAAUGGGAGCUCGAGGAAGUCGUGCCCGUUCGUACGUCAGAGACUCAGAGCUCGUCAAGUAAACUCUCGAACUCCAAGGGCAAGGCGAAAGUUCAAUCCACGACUACAGCCGUUCCAACCCCCACUUCAGCAUUGGAGCAGUAUAGGGUGCUGUUCACUGGGACGCGGAUCUGUUCGUGCGGCGUCGCACUCCCCUCCCCUCGAGGUCAUGUCAUGUAUACCCAACAGGUCCCACCUCCCAAUCUAUUGCACUUGCUGCAUGCCCCAUGUAAAUCGUGCCGCAAAAAUCACUGUCGUGGCUGUCUGUCUUCUGUGUCGUGCUCGCUGUCGUGCAAAGGAAGAAUGCAGAACGAAGAUUGCCCCCUCGAAACGUGCUGCGCCGACGUGCGCGUCAUUGCCCUCUUCGAAGCCUUGGGCGCGUUCGAUAGGCAAUACCUUGGAGAACGCGCGACUGCAAAUGAGCGAGCUCGAGAAGCGGCCGCAAAGUUGCGCAAGACAGCCCCUGGCAGUAGCGUCGGCCCAGGCGGCACCGGAUACGGCACAGGUCGCGGGGGUGCGUCGUACGGCGGCGGCUUCAUCCAUGCGAUGGCGUAUUCCAACCUUGAUCAUAUAGGUUAUCCCUCCUACCGGGCUCGAGGUCGGGGGCGGGGGCGACGAGGUAAAGCAGCGUUCAUUUUGCCAGCUGACGACACCCCACAACGCGAUCCGUUGGCGGCCCACUUCGACGAGAUCAUUGUUCGUGCGCUCCACACCAUCACGAGCUAUCUCCCCUCUCCGUACUCGGAGAAUGCUCAAAUCUACGACAUGCUGCCUCAUCCGGCCACCGGCACACUUCUCUUGCUGUCUCAAUUGCCUGACUUGCUCGGUAGCCUGCUUCGGAACGAUUCGGUCAUGGACUGGAUUGUGCGGAUCGACGUCUAUAGUGCGAUGCUUGCGCUGCUCCGCAGGAUGGCUGACUGCGAAUUGACCCUCGAAGUGUUGACUGCACCUCGAUACGAGAUGGCGAGAAGUUGUGGGCUUGAAGAUUGGAUGUGGGGCGACGGUGAGAUCGUCUGGGAGACGAACAACUCGGAUGACACGCUUGUGCCCGCGCCGCCUCUCUACGCGCACUUCAAGAAACUCACAAAACAAUGCGAGGCAUUCCUUGCGGGGGCGUCCAACAUGCUCGAUGGCGCAGGCGAGGGUGAGGACGUUGAAAUGAUGGUCAGGGCCACUUCGCUGUGCGGAGACAUUAUCGCGGUGAAGGACGACAUCGAGCGCGCUAUGGUCGCCAUGGGCAAGGACCCUGCCACCAUUCUCAGCGAGCGUCCCGCUACUCCCGGCUCAAAUGGGUCCACCGGGAAGGGCAAGGGACGAGACCCUGCUAUCGAUUUGGAGCGUACGUAUGCGCGUGAGUGCGAACGCCUCGCGUUCAAGCACGUCUCGCUGUCCCAGCCGAGCGCCCACGGAACUGGACUCGACUACCCCAACUACAACUACUCUCGCGAGCUCGCGCAGACAGCGAAUGCGACGCGGAGCCCAAAGGACCGGCUACACCUCGUCAAGGAGCUCGCGGUGAUGGCCACAAGCCUCCCUCCUGGAGUGUGGGUACGUGUGGACGAAGUACGGAAUGACGCCAUCAAGAUCAUGAUUGCAGGGCCAGAGGGGACGCCGUACGCUGGCGGGCUGUUCGAAUUCGACUGUUUCAUCCCGCUCGAGUACCCCAACACGCCGCCGUUGAUGCACCUUCGCACGACCGGGGGCGGCACGGUGCGCUUCAACCCAAACUUGUACAACAACGGCAAGGUCUGUCUGUCGCUUCUAGGAACGUGGCAGGGGAGGCCGGAGGAGGAAUGGUCGCGCAAGUCGUCGCUGCUGCAGGUUGUCGUGUCUAUCCAGAGCAUGAUACUUGUUGACUUGCCGUAUUUCAACGAACCUGGUUUUGGACAAGCAAAACCAACCAACCCGGCAAGCAUCCAGUAUAACAAGAACAUUACUCUUCAAACAACCCGCUGGGCGAUCGUAGACUGGCUCGAAGACGACAACAGAUACAGCCUGUGGGGGGAGGUGAUCGCAUCCCACUUCCUCACCCGUCACGACAAAAUCAAGAAGUGCAUCCAAGAAUGGGCCACCCAAGAGCCCGCUAUCCGCAAAUAUCGCGCUGGGAUGUCGGCCGCGAGCUACAUGCCGAUGGGCCCUGGUGCUUUUCUGCCUCCGCCUCUACCACCCUUAGACGCCAUGGAAGAAGAUGCGGACCUUCUCAUGGACUCGUGGGGCCCAGCGUACCCUAUCUCCUCCGCGAGUGCCUUUAGCGGAUUGAUGUACAACGGUCACGCUCGUGCUAGACGUCAGAUCGGUCUGGCGACUACGAUAAGUCAGCCAACGGCCGACCUCCUCACGCAAUACGAAGAAGGAAUCCAGAAGAUACGGCGGUGGGGGCUCACGGACACGGGAGAUCACUAACGCGCUCGUACACAACUAUCAAAUUUUCGGUGCAUCGUCCUGUAUUUUUAGCGUAUCACGGUCAAUAGAGCGGACGCUGGCCGUCC